AUGAAGAGCAGAACCUUCCUCAUCCUCUCCAUCGUGGGGGUCUACAGCACUGUUCUUCAUACAGAAGCAUGGUCUGUGAACAACUUUCUGAUGACAGGACCUAAGGCUUACCUGACGUAUUCCAGCAGCGUGGCAGCUGGGGCACACAGCGGGAUGGAGGAAUGCAAGUUCCAGUUUGGGUGGGAGCGCUGGAACUGCCCCGAGAGUGCCCUGCAGCUCUCCACACACAACCGGCUCCGCAGCGCUACCCGGGAAACAUCCUUUGUCCAUGCCAUCAGCUCAGCUGGUGUCAUGUACACCCUGACCAGGAACUGCAGCAUGGGAGACUUUGAAAGCUGCGGCUGUGACGACUCCAGGAACGGCCGUGUUGGUGGUCGAGGCUGGGUCUGGGGAGGCUGCAGUGACAACGUGGAGUUUGGGGAGAGGAUUUCCAAGCUCUUUGUGGAUGCAUUGGAAACAGGGCAUGAUACCCGGGCACUGAUUAACCUGCACAACAAUGAAGUUGGGAGACUUGCAGUGAAAGCCACGAUGAAGCGAGCCUGCAAGUGCCACGGGGUGUCCGGCAGCUGCAGCAUCCAGACCUGCUGGCUCCAGCUCGCCGAGUUCCGGGAGAUCGGGAACUACCUGAAGAUGAAAUACGACCAAGCCCACAAGCUGGAGAUGGACAAGAGGCGGGUGAGAGCCGGCAACAGCGCCGACAGCCGGGGGGCCACGGCGGAGACCUUCCACCACGUCCACGCCACGGAGCUGGUCUUCCUGGAGGACUCCCCCGAUUACUGCACCAGGAACGCCAGCCUGGGCCACCACGGCACCGAGGGCCGCGAGUGCCUGCAGACCGGCAAGAACCUUUCCCAGUGGGAGAGGAGGAGCUGCCGGCGGCUCUGCACCGAGUGCGGCCUCCGUGUGGAGGAGAGGAGGACGGAGGUGGUGGGCAGCUGCAACUGCAAGUUCCACUGGUGCUGCACCGUGCGCUGCGAGCAGUGCCGGCAGCUGGUGGCCAAGCACUUCUGCACCCGCCGUGACACCGCCACGGCCCCCAACCACAUCAGGAGGAGGAACAAGGGACAUAAGAGAUAGAGGGAGGCCACUGCGCCCCAGGAGGAC